AUGGAGUCUAUCUUUACUCUCUUGCAUGUGGUGAUGGCCAUCAUCAAUUUUUCCAGCACAAAUGGGAAUUUCUGUAGCCUGCAUGGAGAGCCUGUAUACCCACCACUUUCUAAGAAUGGUGAUAUCAUAGUUGGAGGGAUUUUUCCCAUUCACAGGACUUGGGAAAUCACAGAUGUGUCCUAUAAGGUCAAGCCAUCACCAAUGAAUUGUGUGAGUCUUGAUUUCAGAGAGUUCCAGUUUUCACAGUCCUUGAUGUUUGCAGUAGAAGAAAUCAACAACAGCUCCUCUUUACUCCCUGGUGUCUCACUGGGAUACAAGAUUUAUGACACAUGUGGUUCCACGACUAUGGGGGUUAGAAUGGCUAUGGCACUUGUUAAUGGAAAUGAGAAUUCAACCUUGAAUGAACAAUGCACAAAGCCAGCACAGGUGCAAGCCAUAAUUGGUGAUAUACAAUCAUCAGCAUCAAUGGCUAUUGCAAAGAGUGUCGGGCCUUUAAGCUUUCCAGUAAUCAGUCCUUAUUCCACCUGCGAGUGUCUCAGUGACAAGAGGAAAUAUCCCUCAUUUCUGCGCACUAUUGCCAGUGAUUACUACCAGAGCAGAGCACUGGCAGAGAUGGUCAAACAGUUAGGCUGGACAUGGGUGGGUGCAAUAAGAAGAGAUGAUGAUUACGGUAACAGUGGAAUGGCUGGAUUCACUGAAGCUGCAGAGCAGCUGGGCAUAUGCUUAGAAUAUUCCCUUCCAUUUUUCAGAACUUACUCAAAAGAAAAAGUGCUAAGAAUAAUCGAGCAGAUCAAAAGCUCUACUUCUCGAGUGAUUGUGGCAUAUGUCACUCAUUGGGACUUUGAGAUUUUGCUGGAUGUAUUUCAUGAGCACAACAUUACUGGAUACCAGUGGGUUGGAACUGAAUCUUGGAUCACUGAUUCAGCUGUAGCCAGGCUGGAUAAGCACAACAUACUGCAAGGAGCCAUAGGGCUAGCAAUACCCAAAACAACAGUGACAGGUCUGAAGGACUUCAUUUUGGAUAUAAAUCCACUGAAAUCUGCAGGCAGUGCCAUUUUUACUGAAUUAUGGGAGACUUUGUUUCAGUGCAAAUAUACAGUGCAGAAUGACUCAGAAGACACUACAGUGUGUACAGGACAGGAGAAACUGUCUGAAACAGAAAAUGAAUUCACAGACAUGACCCAGAUGCCUAUUUUCAGUAACGUGUAUAAAGCAGUUUAUGCUGUUGCCCACACUCUACAUGACCUUCUUGGCUGCACACAGACAUGUCUAACAAAAAAGCAGCCUGAUCCUCUCACUUUUCUAGAACAUCUGAAAAGAGUGCGCUUCAAAACUAAAGAAGGGGAAGAAGUUUAUUUUGACAAAAAUGGUGACCCUGCAGCUAAAUAUGAAAUAAUAAAUUUGCAAACUACUGAGGAUCACCAUGAGUUUGUCACUGUAGGACUUUAUGACUCUUCUUCCCCUGCUCACAAUCGAUUAUCAGUAAAAAUGGCCUCUAUUGUGUGGGCACAAAAUACAAAUAAGGUGCCGGUGUCUGUGUGCAGUGAGAGCUGCCCUUCAGGCACCAGGAAGGCUGUGCAGAAAGGAAAGCCUAUCUGCUGCUUUGACUGUAUACCAUGUGCUGAAGGAGAGAUCAGUAAUAUGACAGACUCGAUUAAAUGUGAACAAUGCUACCAGGACUACUGGUCAAAUACACACAGGACUGAAUGUGUAAAGAAGGAAAUUGAAUUCUUGUCAUAUGAGGAAACGAUGGGAAUUUUGCUAACAGCUGUUUCAAUUAUUGGUGCCUUUAUGACAAUAAUAAUAGCAAUUACAUUCUUCAGACACAAAAAUACCCCAAUAGUAAAAGCCAACAAUUCAGAGCUGAGUUUCUUAUUACUCUUCUCUCUGGCUCUGUGUUUCCUCUGUUCACUUACUUUCAUUGGUCGGCCCUCUGAGUGGUCCUGUGUGCUGCGUCACACAGCGUUUGGAAUCACCUUCGUCCUCUGCAUCUCCUGUGUUCUGGGGAAAACAAUAGUGGUGUUAAUGGCCUUCAGAGCUACACUUCCAGGCAGUAAUGUCAUGAAAUGGUUUGGGCCUCCACAGCAGAGACUCAGUGUUCUUGCCUUCACUCUCAUACAGGCUAAUAUGUGUACUUUGGUUAACAACAUCCCCUCCUUUCCCCUUCAAAAAUCUAAAGCACUACAAGGAAAAGAUCAUUCUAGAAUCACAAAUGGGAACUUCUGUAACCUGCAAGGAGAGACUGUAUCCCCACAACUUUCUAAAGAUGGUGAUAUCAUAGUUGGAGGGAUUUUCCCCUUUCACAGGACUUGGGAAAUCACAGAUGUGUCCUAUAUGGUCAAGCCAUCACCACUUAAGUGCAUGAGUCUUGAUUUCAGAGACUUCCAGCUAUCACAGUCCUUAAUCUUUGCAGUAGAGGAGAUCAACAACAGUUCCUCUUUACUCCCUGGUGUCUCACUGGGCUAUAAGAUCUAUGACACAUGUACUUCCGCAGCUAUGGGGGCGAGAAUGGCUAUGGUACUUCUUAAUGGAAAUGAGAACUCAACCUUGAAUGAGCCCUGCACAAAGCCAACACAGGUGCAAGCCAUAAUUGGCGAGACACAGUCAUCAGUAUCAAUGGCCAUUGCAAAGAGUGUCGGACCUUUCAGCAUUCCCUUAAUUAGUCCAUAUUCCACCUGUGAGUGUCUCAGUGACAAAAGAAUAUAUCCAUCAUUUUUGCGCACUAUUCCCAGUGAUUAUUACCAGAGCAGAGCACUGGCAGAGAUGGUCAAACAGUUUGGCUGGACCUGGGUGGGUGCAAUAAGAAGAGAUGAUGAUUAUGGUAACAGUGGGAUGGCUGUAUUUACUGAAGCUGCAGAAAAGUUGGGUGUUUGUUUAGAAUAUUCCCUUCCAUUCUUUAGAACCUACUCACAGGAAAAAGUGCUGAGAAUAAUUCAGCAGAUCAAAAGCUCUACUUCUCGAGUUAUUGUAGCAUUUGCAACUCAUUGGGACUUGGAAAUUCUGCUGAAUGCAUUUUAUGAGCACAACAUUACUGGAUAUCAGUGGGUCGGAAGUGAAGCUUGGAUCUCUGAUUCAAAUAUAGCCAGACUGGAUAAGCACAAAAUACUGCAAGGAGCCAUAGGGUUAACUAUACCCAAAACAACAGUGACGGGUCUAAAGGAAUUUAUUCUGGAUAUAAAUCCACUGAAAUCUGCAGGCAGUGCCAUUUUUACUGAAUUAUGGGAGGCUUUGUUUAAGUGCAAAUAUAAAGUGCGCAAUGAAUCAGAACAUACGACAGUGUGCACAGGACAGGAGGAAUUUUCUGAAAUGGAAAGCGAAUUCACAGACAUGACUCUGAUGCCCAUUUUCAGUAAUGUGUAUAAAGGAGUAUAUGCUGUUGCCCAUACCCUACACAACCUUCUUGGCUGCACGCAGACAUGUCCUACAAAGAAGCAGCCUGACGCUCUCACUUUUCUAGAACAUCUGAAAAGGGUGCGCUUCAAAACCAAAGAAGGCGAAGAGGUUUAUUUUGACAAAAAUGGUGACCCUGUGGCUAAAUACGAAAUAAUAAACUGGCAAACUAUUGAAGAUCACCAUGAGUUUGUCACUGUAGGACUUUAUGACUCUUCUUUCCCUGCUCAAAAUCGAUUAGCUGUAAAAAUGGCCUCUAUUGUGUGGGCACAAAAUAAAAAUCAGGUGCCAGUGUCUGUGUGCAGUGAGAGCUGCCCUCCAGGAACCAGGAAGGCUGUGCAGAAAGGAAAGCCUAUCUGCUGCUUUGACUGUAUACCAUGUGCUGAAGGAGAGAUCAGUAAUAUGACAGACUCGAUAAAAUGUGAAAAAUGCUACCAGGACUACUGGUCAAAUACACACAGGAAUGAAUGUGUAAAGAAGGAAAUUGAAUUCUUGUCGUAUAAGGAAACUAUGGGAAUUUUGCUAACAGCUGUUUCAAUUACUGGUACAUUUAUGACAAUAAUAAUAGCAAUUAUAUUCUUCAAACAUAAAAAUACCCCAAUAGUCAAAGCCAACAAUUCAGAGCUGAGUUUCUUGUUGCUCUUCUCACUGGCUCUGUGUUUCCUCUGUUCACUUACUUUCAUUGGUCGGCCCUCUGAGUGGUCCUGUGUGCUGCGUCACACAGCGUUUGGAAUCACCUUCGUCCUCUGCAUCUCCUGUGUUCUGGGGAAAACAAUAGUGGUGUUAAUGGCCUUCAGAGCUACACUUCCAGGCAGUAAUGUCAUGAAAUGGUUUGGUCCUCUACAGCAGAGACUCAGUGUUCUUGCUUUCACUCUCAUACAGGUCAUAAUUUGUGUUCUUUGGUUAACAACAUCUCCUCCUUUCCCCUUCAAAAAUAUAAAGCUUUACAAAGAAAGGAUCAUUCUUGAAUGUGGAUUAGGUUCAGCUAUAGGUUUCUGGGCUGUGCUGGGUUAUAUAGGAUUUUUGGCUCUUUUGUGUUUUAUUUUGGCUUUUCUAGCACGGAAGCUGCCUGAUAACUUUAAUGAAGCCAAGUUCAUCACAUUCAGCAUGCUCAUAUUCUGUGCAGUGUGGAUCACUUUCAUCCCAGCUUAUGUCAGCUCUCCUGGAAAGUUCACAGUAGCUGUGGAGAUAUUUGCUAUUCUGGCCUCAAGUUUCGGUUUGUUAUUCUGUAUCUUUCUUCCAAAGUGUUACAUAAUUAUACUAAAACCAGAAAAUAACACUAAAAAGCAAAUUAUGGGUAAAGUGCCAGUUAAGUGA